CACUUCCGGCAGGCGCUGCGUUGCUGGGGGGCGCGGGUGAGGAUGGCGGCGGAGAACGAGGCCAGUCAGGAGAGCGCCCUGGGCGCCUACUCGCCGGUGGACUACAUGAGCAUCACCAGCUUCCCGAGGCUGCCGGAGGACGAGCCGGCGCCCGCGGCCCCUCUGAGGGGCCGCAAGGACGAGGACGCCUUCCUGGGAGACCCCGAUACCGACCCGGACUCCUUCCUGAAGUCUGCGAGGCUGCAGCGGCUGCCGUCCACGUCAUCGGAGAUGGGCAGCCAGGACGGGUCGCCGCUGCGGGAGACGCGCAAGGACCCGUUCUCCGCGGCAGCGGCCGAGUGCUCCUGCCGCCAGGACGGACUCACAGUCAUUGUCACAGCCUGCCUCACUUUUGCCACCGGUGUCACUGUGGCGCUCGUCAUGCAGAUUUACUUCGGAGACCCUCAGAUCUUUCACCAGGGUGCCGUGGUGACUGAUGCCGCCCAUUGCACAUCUCUGGGCAUCGAGGUGCUCAGUAAACAGGGAUCUUCUGUGGAUGCCGCUGUGGCAGCCGCCCUGUGUUUGGGGAUCGUGGCUCCACACAGUUCUGGCCUUGGCGGUGGGGGCGUGAUGCUGGUACAUGACAUCCGACGAAAUGAGAGCCACCUAAUUGAUUUCCGGGAGUCUGCACCAGGGGCCCUCAGGGAAGAGGCCCUGCAGAGAUCCUGGGAAACCAAGGACUCUCCUUCCCAGGAACCCCCAUUCCCCCAGGACCCCUCCUCCUCCCCCCAGGAUCUCCUCCACCCCCUGCUCUCCGGCCCCCUCAGGCUGCCAUGGUCCCAAGUCCUGGCCUUCGCAGCAGCUGUGGCCCAAGAUGGCUUCAACGUGACCCGUGAUCUAGCCCGUGCCCUUGCCGAACAGCCUCCGCCCAAUGCAUCUGAGCGUUUCCGUGAGACAUUCCUGCCAUUGGGCCACCCGCCACUACCUGGCUCACUGCUGCGUCGGCCUGACCUGGCCGCAGUGCUGGAUGUACUGGGCACCUCCGGCCCCGCCGCCUUCUACGCAGGAGGCAAUCUCACACUGGAGAUGGUGGCCGAGGCCCAGCACGCAGGGGGUGUCAUAACCGAGGAGGACUUCAGCAAUUACAGUGCCCUCGUGGAGAAUCCUGUGUGUGGCGUAUACAGAGGCCACCUGGUUCUCAGUCCCCCACCCCCGCAUACGGGUCCUGCCCUCAUCAGUGCUCUCAACAUCCUUGAAGGCUUCAAUCUCACCACGCUCGUGUCCCGGGAACAAGCUCUUCACUGGGUGGCAGAGACUCUGAAGAUCGCAUUAGCCCUGGCCAGCAGACUGGGAGAUCCUGUCUACGAUUCCACCAUCACUGAGAGCAUGGAUGACAUGCUCAGCAAGGUAGAAGCUGCCUACCUCCGGGGCCACAUCAAUGACUCCCAGGCGGCCCCUGCCCCACUCCUGCCCGUCUACGAGCUGGAUGGGGCUCCCACAGCUGCUCAGGUGCUGAUCAUGGGCCCUGAUGACUUCAUUGUGGCCAUGGUCAGCUCCCUGAACCGGCCUUUUGGCAGUGGCCUCAUCACUCCCUCAGGGAUCCUGCUCAACAGCCAGAUGCUAGACUUCUCCUGGCCCAACAGGACUGCUAACCACUCUGCACCCAGCCUGGAGAAUUCGGUGCAGCCAGGGAAGCGACCACUGUCUUUCCUGCUGCCCACUGUGGUCCGGCCAGCAGAGGGGCUUUGUGGGACCUACCUCGCCCUGGGGGCCAAUGGAGCUGCCCGGGGCCUCAGUGGACUGACCCAGGUUUUACUGAAUGUCCUGACCUUGAACCGGAACCUGAGUGACAGCCUGGCCCAUGGCCGUCUGCAUCCAGACCUGCAGUCCAACCUCCUGCAGGUGGACAGUGAGUUCACAGAGGAAGAGAUUGAGUUCCUGGAAGCCAGGGGUCACCAUGUGGAGAAAGUAGAUGUCUUAUCCUGGGUCCAUGGCAGCCGGAGAACCAACAACUUUAUCAUUGGUGUGAAGGACCCUCGGAGCCCAGACGCAGCUGGAGCCACCAUCCUGUAGAGCAGCGGGGUGGGGCGGGGGUCUCUGCUCCCCCCCUUUGCAUGUUCCUAGAGUCCCUCCUUCUCCCAGGUUUGGUCUCAGGGGGACCCCAGGGAUGCCCCAGAUCAUGGGCCAGACCCUAUCCCAGAGUAACUGGAAAAUUCUUUAACCAGAGGCCUGUGGUGGUGGUGGUGGUGAGUGUCAGUGUCCACAACCAGGCAGGCAGGUCUGUCUGUCUCCUUACCCUCAGCCAUGCUGGCCCUGAGCUUAGGGAUGCGUUUGCAAACCCUUCUCAAGGGUCCUCACAACCCCAACAUCUCCAGUCUGGCCUGACCUGGACCUUGUCUUCCAGCUCCCUUCUCCUGUCCCUAGCCUCGUUUCUUAAAUGACUAGGAUUUUUUUAAUGGACCAUCCUGGGGAGGGGGUGCUCCUCUCUUCCUCCCACCAAGUUGAGGUGGGGACUUGCAUCUGGGGGGGGCCCAGGUUG